AAAUAUGAAGGCACCACAUGCCCGUUGUCCAAUCGCCUCUCGCCAUUUUGUGACAGAAGAAUUUUGAACCCGAAAGCGCUUUUUUUUUUUCCCCCUUUAGAAGUUACCCUGCUACUUUUAACCAUCUAACAUCAAGAAAACGUAUUUUACAUGCAACAUGGACGUGUAUUUAAAGAAGCAAUUGCACGAAAACAGCUUUAGCUACAAAAGAUCGCUGGAUCGAAUCAUAGACAAGUAUUCGAAGCUCUACUACCAAGACGGGGGGGUAGAGGUGGACCUCGACCAGGCAAAACCCCAAAUGGUGGUCACGUUGCCUGGUCUCAUUGUGUAUCUUCUCUGUCUUGACUGCUCGCACGGUGAAGCAGUUGAACGCUACAUGAAGCUGGCGAAGGUAGAGCUGAACAAGCUGGAAUCAAAGAGCCUGACAGAGUUGAGAGAGGACUCAUUAAGAGCACAGGACAUUACAAGACACUCGCAGUUGGACUCUACGCAUCAAGACGGUGGAGCUGAUGAGACUUGUGUAUCCAGCGGGCAGUUUUCUGCAGAUGGCGAUGGAAUGGCUAGAAGUGACACGACUCAGCUGACUGUGAGCUCUUUGGAUGAGAGUCAGAGAAACUCUUCUGAAACCGAGCUCCAGCCUGAGGACCAAGACGAGGAACUGGAAAUGACUCUUAGAAGUCGUGGCAGCUCUUUUGUGGAGCUCUACCCCAGCAUGAUCAGUCGAAUAGAGAGGGCCUGGCAUCGGCAGAAUGUCUCUGAGGCCGCUGACUCGGUGCUGCGGAGGUACCGCAGGUGGCGACAGCAGUCAAACAGGAGCAGCCUCAACAACACCUUUAUUGUCUCACUGAGGCACCCCAACAGCAACCCAAGAAAGGUGACCAUGAAGACGCUGCUCGAGGAGAACUCCAACAGCCCAGGGAAAAGGCAGUUCAUGAGGCUUGAGCCUGCCCCUCGCUCUCCUUUGCAGAUAGCGACCAAUCUGCAGGCUUUGCAAGCACAGCAGCUGUCUCCUGAGAGGGAGAGGGGCUCGCUGAGAAGAGAACAGCACCGGCCUAUCCUGGCAAUGGACCUAUCUGGUCUCUCUGAGAUCUCUGAACCAAAAGAGAUCUCAUUGAAUGAGACCUUCACUGUGUCUGAACUGUCCCGCCUGGGUGAACAGCCCUGCCCUUACCCCACCAGUCCUUCACAACCUUACUAUCCCACUACAAAAGCGUCCUUGGACCUGUCUCUUAGGUCUAAAAGGCUUUCGCUCUCUGCACACUCAGAGCAGGCCACUGGGCGCUCCACGUAUGAAUCAGAAAUCGCUGCUGUUAAAGAGAGACCUGAUACCUACAGCUCCCCAGUCAGGCCGAGUCCCUUAAAAGCAAGGAUGAUGACCAGCCUCGAUAGAUCACCUCACUCCUUUUCCAGAAGCCCCAAAGAAUAUUCUGCGGAAAGCUUUUCCAGAGAGCCUAUGAGGCCCAGAUCAAAGUCCACUUCUCUGUCCUCCCCGCCACAAAAGCCUCCUGUGCCACUGAGGGUCCUUUACCCUCAAGAGUCCCAUCUCUCCCCCCAGCCACAGCUGCGUUCACCUCAGCCAGCCAAGGCAGAAGGUCGUCUCAGGCUCCGGCGGCAUCUUUCCUUCGACUCCUCCCUGCCAUCGAUCCGUGUCUCCUACUCGCCAAAGAAGCUUGAUGAGGAUUUUAUAAAACUCUACCAUAAGUUUGUCUGCCAGAACCAAUCUUUCUUUAAUGGCCCUCCCUGCCGUCUCUGUGCUAGAAGCUCUGAGGCCAGCAGAGGCCACUCUUCCUCAGCUUUGGCAGCUCUCGCCUUGUCGCCUCACCGCUCCGUCCUGAGGAAACGCCACAGGGAGUUAGGCUGGGGCGGCCAUCCCCAGUCCAAACGCUCACGGGACGAGUGCUGCAAAUCCUCCCCCGGGUCCAAACGCCAUGGGAAUGAGAUGCUGAGGCGCUGUCUCGCUCCAUCUGAGCUGUCUCAUGAUGGCCUCUCCUAUAGCUCCAGCAGACACGCCACGUUUAACAAAUUCAGCACGCAGCUGCGCUCGGCAGAUGCACAUCAGGAGGCCUGGAUGAGACGGGGCCAGCCUGUAUCUGCAGCUGAGUUUUCUGGCCUGGGAGUUUCACUCGAGCGCAGUAUAGCAAACGGCUACCCCCCCAGUGUGCAGAAAAUGGUGGUGAGCACGGAUCACCUGUAAGGACAAUCCUGCCCACAGGGGUUCUCCAACCAGUGCCAGGGUGGAAAACAAUUCACAAGUUUGUCACAUAACAAAUGGCAAAGUAUCGUGUAGCAGUGUUAUGUUUCCAGUACAAAUAUUGGUGAAAAGUCCACAGGAUAACCCAAUGGGUGACACUGGCAGUGUGUAUUUCUCAGCUGGUACAGUCUGAGCUCAGGAAAUCAUACUAAUAAACUGCAAUGCCACUGCUGAGAUGUUAAAGCUCCAAGUGGCCAUUGCUAAGUUGCUUUCUAUUCUAGUUAUUAUUCUAGUUGUUUUCUGUGUUAUUUUUUGAGUACUGUUAAAACCAUUGAUUUGUAUGAGUGAUAUGGUUCAUAAUCUUGUAUGUUCUCUAACUAAAUUUUAAACCUUAUGUGCUGUGGUACAUCAUUACAUUGGUUAGUACAGCAUCAUGUUUACUUCUCGUAAUAUCUGUUGAUUAUUAAAAUAAAAUUGUAUUUCAACAUGAAAAUGCCAUUUCUGGAAGGGGAAAGAAAACCCAAACACUAAGUUCUUCUCACUGCAAUUAUUCUGUUUAUUAUUUGACUUUUCCAUUAUUCAUGUAAUGUAUAAAGUUGAGAAAACAAAAUUUCCUCUAGUCAGACCCAAAACAAAAGAGCAUAGUGGCUAAGUUUAGAUAAAGGUAAGAAAGUAAACUUGAUUAGAGAAAUAAAGAACUUUUUGGUCACUA